AGCCCUUCCCUCCUCCCACUCGCUGCCCGCCCGUCAGGCAGGAAGGCAGGCAGUAGUGCUACCCACGGUUAGGUCUCUCCUCGGUGUUGUCCUUCUUCCUCGUUCCCGAUCGCCGGCGGCGGCGGCGGGGGCUACACGGGCGGCGGCGCGGUUCCUGCGGGAAGCGCAGCACAAGCCGAGAGCGGCAGCCGCGAAGCGUCGAGCCCAACGCGGCGGCGGCGGCUGUGCAGCCAACAUGGCGGCGGCGGCGGGCCCGGAGAUGGUCCGCGGGCAGGUGUUCGACGUGGGGCCGCGCUACACCAACCUCUCGUACAUCGGAGAAGGCGCCUACGGCAUGGUUUGCUCUGCUUAUGAUAAUCUCAACAAAGUUCGAGUUGCUAUCAAGAAAAUCAGUCCUUUUGAGCACCAGACCUACUGUCAAAGAACCCUAAGAGAGAUCAAAAUCUUACUGCGCUUCAGACAUGAGAACAUCAUCGGCAUCAAUGACAUCAUCCGGGCACCAACCAUUGAGCAGAUGAAAGAUGUAUACAUAGUACAGGACCUCAUGGAGACAGAUCUUUACAAGCUCUUGAAGACACAACACCUCAGCAAUGACCAUAUCUGCUAUUUUCUUUAUCAGAUCCUGAGGGGAUUAAAAUAUAUCCAUUCAGCUAAUGUUCUGCACCGUGACCUCAAGCCUUCCAACCUCCUGCUGAACACCACUUGUGAUCUCAAGAUCUGUGACUUUGGCCUUGCCCGUGUUGCAGAUCCAGAUCAUGACCACACAGGGUUCUUGACAGAGUAUGUAGCCACGCGUUGGUACAGAGCUCCAGAAAUUAUGUUGAAUUCCAAGGGUUAUACCAAGUCCAUUGAUAUUUGGUCUGUGGGCUGCAUCCUGGCAGAGAUGCUAUCCAACAGGCCUAUCUUCCCAGGAAAGCAUUACCUAGACCAGCUGAAUCACAUCCUGGGUAUUCUUGGAUCUCCAUCACAGGAAGAUCUGAAUUGUAUAAUAAAUUUAAAAGCUAGAAACUAUUUGCUUUCUCUCCCGCACAAAAAUAAGGUGCCAUGGAACAGGUUGUUCCCAAACGCUGACUCCAAAGCUCUGGAUUUACUGGAUAAAAUGUUGACAUUUAACCCUCACAAGAGGAUUGAAGUUGAACAGGCUCUGGCCCACCCAUACCUGGAGCAGUAUUAUGACCCAAGUGAUGAGCCCAUUGCUGAAGCCCCAUUCAAGUUUGACAUGGAGUUGGACGACUUGCCUAAGGAGAAGCUCAAAGAACUCAUUUUUGAAGAGACUGCUAGAUUCCAACCAGGAUACAGAUCUUAAAUUGGUCAGGACAAGGGCUCAGAGGACUGGACGAGUUCAGAUGUCGGUGUCCCCCCAGUUCUUGACCCUGGUCCUGUCUCCAGCCCGUCUCAGCUUACCCACUCUUGACUCCUUUGAGCCAUUCAGAGGAGCAGUUUCUGGUAGUAGUGGCUUUUAUACUUUCAUGGAAUUCCUUCAGUCCAGAGUUCUCCUGGCAGCAGGCCCUGCAGCAGUGUGCACUGUCAGUGCAUUUAACUGCUUACUAUUUAGUCAGUAACUGCUUUCUGUUUGAAAGAUGCAGUGGUUUCUCCCUGUCCUGAAUCCUUUUUACAUGUCAUCUGCUGAAACAUCAGCCUCAUCAGAGCGAGAGUCUUUCCAGACUUGUUCCAGUUAUUGGCACCUCACUUAACAGUGGGGAAGGCUGUGACAUAAGGCACCUUAAGUCAGUGACAGCUCCAGAUAUGCACUUCAUCUGUUGGCUAGUAACUGACUGUCUACCCAGACAGAGUAGGAGCUUGUGGAUGUCCCUGGAUGCUGUUACAAGUUGCAGGGGCAGGUGCUUCUGUCGCAGGAGUCCUUUAGGGGCAUUUUUCUAUCAUGUUAGUCCCAAAUUUAAGGUAUGUACUAUUUGCCCGCUUUUUUUAAAAUUUGAUCAUUGUUUAAAUGAAAUUGAAAGGAAGCAUUGCACCAGCAAUGUUAUUCUGCAGCUUUUAUAUGGUUACUUGUAUUUUAAUGGAGGUGUAGCGCUUGCCAAAAUGUUAGAUGCUCUCCUUGGCCAGCAAUUGAAAGUAACAGCUGUGCUUGUCAUUUGCUGCAAGAUGGACGUGCACUAAGCUGUGCAUGUUUCCAGAAAAAUAGAGAGCAAGCUGACCUCGAUGUUCAGGGCGGCACUCCAUAGAGCCUUGAACUGUUCGACACAGAAGGCUGUUUUCGUAACCACAUUUACUGCCUUGGGAUUUAGCAAAGGAACACUGCAUCUUUAAAUGAGAACGUGUACAGUUCUUCUCCUACAGCAUGUCAGCAUUGCGAGCUCACUCUUCAGCAGUGUGGUGACUUGUAUGUAAUAAAACCUUCAUGAGCCCUCUUCAUGAAGCUCUGUUCUGUUGCCAAGUUAGAAAUGUUUCUGGUACUGCUGAGUUAAUGUCACAAAAGGCAGCAGUAACUGUUUGAGCUCUUUUAUUUCCUAUAUCUUGUCCCUGCACUGUGUGCUGUGGAGUUGAGGUGUUUUCCCAGUGCGGUGCCUCCUGACCCUCCUCACUGCUCUCUGACGAGAAAUUUGCCUUGUUCAAUACUUACUGUGCUCUUGCAUGACUGUUAAGGUCUCUGUGCAGAGACCAGUGUCCAAGUGUCACAUCCUUUGAUUAAGCGAAAUCUGUUGUGACCUCUGAGUUGUAUUCCAUGAAGAGAAUGCCACCCAGAAGAUAAUGUAGGAAAGAUAAUUAUAUUGUUAACUUUUAAUUUCUCAGCUGUCCUUUUGUUUUCUUGGUUUUUAUUUUUACUUUUUUUUUUUUUUUUUUUUUUGACAGCAAUGGAAAAUGGGUUCUAUAAAGACUGCCUGCUAGUGUGAACAGCAAUGCAAUGCACUUGUAACUCAUGGGAAUAAAUGUACAUCUUUAUCUUUACACCGAUGAUAAGAUUCAGUGUUGAUUUCCUCUGGAUCGGUGUGUCCUACAUAGACAGUCAUAAUCAAUUUAUGACUUGUGCUUCAGACAAAAAUGUUCAUGGGUCUUACUCUACUCCUCCUCACCCACCCUGCCCCCCAUGCACUGCCCCACACAUCACUUUACAUAGAAACGGCUUAGAAAAAGGUUCUUUUCAGCUGCACAUGGUGACAUGCACCUUUAAUCCCAACAUUCAGAAGUCAGAGGCAGGUGGAUCUCUGAAUUGGAAAUGAGCCUGGUUUGCAUAGAGAGGACUAAGACACUUUAGGACACUUUAGGCCCUGUCUCCAAAAAAAAAAAAAAAAACCCAACAAAAAGAAAGGCCCUCCCCUUCUGCCUCUGAACAGCAAAUGAAUCUGACAUGGUCCUCUCUUAAAAACAGGUCUCAUGUAGUCAGGUGUUGAUGAUGACACCAAACAUACCAAGUUGGAGUCUGGUUCCCUCUGAAAAAGGCCUUCUUGCCUCUGUAUCCUACAGCUGUAGGAAGAACUGCUCAGCAUCCCGUGGUACCUGCUACCAGGUUCAUGGUGACACACCACACCUAACAAAAGGAUGACUGACUCAUCCCAGAAACCAGAACUCAGUUCUUGGCCUAAAUCCCUGCUUUCCCUUUCACACAUGAAGCCCACCUGGCGUUGAAGGAGGGUGGUUCAGCUUUUAUUGAUACAGUAGUAGUCAGUUUCCCUUUUUCUAUCUUUUCUAAAGUACUGACAGCUCUCCUACUUGUUUGUUUUUCAUAUUUUUAAUCCCAUAAGAUUUAUUUGGUAUCUUCUGAGUAAGGAAACCAUAACAUCAUCUUCUCGAGGGCUGAGCUUUCUGCUCUUCCUGGUACUGUGGAGUGGGGUUGAUGUGAGACCACUCACUGUAUCCUAAUCAUUAUACAGCACAUAGUAUUGCUCUCAUCUAGCCUUUGUAACUAGCAGCUGUCAGGUAUAGGAACACUCAAUUAUUUUGGUUCUCACAUUUCUAAAACUGUUUGGAUAAGGUCAUCUCCAUACUGGUAUCAUUGACUGCCUCUACUAUUCAUAUACAUAAAUAAACUGUCGGGUGGGUGGGCUUUUUGUCCAAGUCUUAAAAUGUGAGCAAACAAAAACAUGAAAACAUUUAGCAUUAAGAAGAUAGCUAUCAAACAAUCCCAGAGCGCUUAGUGAUGCCGGCAUUCAGAGCUGACACCUAUGGUGUGGUGCAUUUAUAUUGCCCCAUCCUCAUCCCUCUCGUUGGAGUACAGGCAACUCUUGGGCUGGGCGUGACUGUUAGUUUUUGGAAAACUGUGAACUAAUAGCAGCUAUCUCUGAGGAAUCACAAAGGUAGACACCUCCACUGCAUGCCACAUAGUAUUCAGAUCACUUAGAGGAGGCUUCCAUCUGCUUAGGAUAAUACAUUAAUAUUAAUAGUUAUGUUUGAACUUUUGGUGACUUAUAUGGUAACACAUGCAUAUGCUUUGGGUCUUUCAUACUACUUUUAUAUUUGUAAAUCAGUGUUUUGGAGCAAUUCCAUGUUUAAGGGAAAUAUUUUUGUAAAUGUGAUGGUUUUGAAAAUCUGAGCAAUUCUUUUGCUUAUAAGUUCUUUUUAAAGCAUUUGUGCUUUAAAAUUGUUGUGUUUGGAAUAUAGUACCCUAUAGCCCAGAUAUGAAACGUAAGAAUUGAGUAGACUAAUCAUGCUGGGUGCAGCCUAGUGUGCUGGAUCAGCAGUGGGACUCCAGAGUCCCUGGGUUGCACCUGCCUACCUGAAGCUUGUUGCCUUUCUAUGCCAUUCACCCUUCAGAGCACUCCAGAAAGUUCUGACACAGCUUUGUAUCUGCUUUGUUCUGUGGAUGCCUUUUUGGUAUUGUAUCCUAAACCGCAUAGAUUACUUAGGAUAAUGGUAAGUUUAAAAAAAUGAAUGUUGAAGGAAGAUUUUAUUAAGAAUUUAAAUGUUUUUUCAUUAUAUUGUUAAACUUGAACAUUUAUCUGUGGCUUAUGUGAUUUGGUUAAUAUGUAUAAAAAUUGUAAGAGGUUUAUAUUUCAUCUUAAUUCUUUUGAUGUUGUAAACAUGCUUUUCAAUUCAUUAUUUGAAUGUUUAUGGCACCUGACUUGUAAAAAGAAUUACAAAAAAAAAAUCCUUAGAAUCAUUA